AUGGAUUGUAGCUUCGAAAAGGAGAUUCCGAAAUCGCCUAGGAGCUCCUGCUCCCAAGAGGACCAAUCCACCAUUGGUCUCCUGACAGAGCUGCGAUACACUCCUCGGCAGAAGAAAGCACCCUUCACAUGGCAAUGGGUCUUGUACGCCACCAUCAUUGUGCAAACUAUAGCGCUUGUGGUAGCCAUGGGGUUCAUCUGGGCUUCCCCGGAUCCCAUCCUCACUGUUUGGUUCGAUGCACUAUGGGACGAUCUUUAUGAUGCCGGGUUGAUCAGCGUGAUUUCCGAAAACGAGGCGUCCAAACUCCUCAACAAAACCCGCGCUGCUCCUAAAGCACCAGACCUAUAUCUCGUUCAACUCCAAGUGUUCCAUGACUUGCACUGCCUCAAUCUCAUCCGGAAAUGGGUCUACAUGGACGUGUACCCCGACCAGGCGGAAUGGGUCGACGGCAGAUUGAACCACGACACUGUGAAUGCCUUGCACGUUGAUCAUUGUAUUGAUGCUCUUCGGCAAUCGAUCAUGUGCACGGGUGACAUCACGCCGAGGAAGUUCGCCCCCCACGACAACGAGAGGCAGUACUACGUGUACCCCGACAUCUACGUAACGCAAGUGUGCCGCAACUAUGAAGCCAUUCGCGACUGGGCCAAGGGAAGGAGAGUAGUCGAGUGGAUGAUGAGCUUUGACGAGGAAUGGGAGCGCACUAGGUUCGACACUUCUCUGCCGUGA